AUGUCGUCGUUCUUCACCAAGCCCGCCUCUCAGGUAAAGCGGAAAAGGGCGACGAAUGAUGUUACAGCGCGGCCACAGAAAAGAGCAGCCACACAGUCAACGCGAAAAGCUCGCGACGAAUCAAUAAGUGGCAGUGAUGACGAGGACGAUGAGGGUCAGACUAGGGGAGGCGGCGAGGACUUUUUCGGGGACGAGAGCGAAGAUGAUGAGCUAGAAGGGUUAGAGCCGGCGGCGAGGAGAAUCGCGCUGGCAGAAAGAUAUCUGAAUUCCACCAGACAGCAAGUCAUCGACGAAGCUGGAUUCGAUGCUGCAGAAAUCGACAAGGAAUUACUGGCGGAGCGUAUGGGAGACAGGCUGAAAGAGGAGACGGCGGAGACAAGGGGCAAAAUCUAUCGCUGGAUCUCCCAAGAUUUUGACUGGUCAAAAGCUGGCCGAGCACAAUUUCGACACCAUCAGAAAGCCGUCACUGGCGUCGCAAUAGCGGGGGACUAUGCAUACACUGUGGGCAAUGAUAUGAUUCUGGUCAAGUGGAGACUUCCUCCUGUCGAUAUUGAGCCGGGCAGGAGCAGGAAGCCGCAAAAGGUGGCCGUAAGCAGAUCUUUUGGCAAGAGACGGGAUGAGAAGGAAAUGCACACAAAAGCGAUUCGGUGUGUCGCAGCAAGUCAAGAUGGAAAGUUUGUGGCGACUGGCGGGUUGGACAGGAAGCUGAUCGUGUGGGAUGCUGCGACAUUAAAACCUUUGAAAGUGUUCAGCUACAACUCGCACCGAGAUUCCGUGGAAAGUCUGGCAUUUCGAAGAGGAACGAAUCAGCUGUUCAGUGCAGGCCGGGACCGGAAUGUGAAGAUCUGGUCCUUGGAUGAGCUCACAUAUGUUGAUACCUUGUACGGACACCAGGAUUCGGUCGUCGAUGUCUCGGCCUUGGCGCAGGAAAAGUGCGUAACGGUGGGCUCGAGAGACAGGACUGCACGGUUGUGGAAAGUUGUUGAAGAGUCGCAACUUGUGUUUCGAGGUGGAGGUGCACCGAAGGCAAAAUCAAAAUCGGCUCCCAGCGAUAGCGCCGUUGACCUCUGGGGCGAUGACCCAGCGCACGAAGGCUCGCUGGAUCGCAUAGCUUGCCUGGACGACGAAAACUUUAUCACUGGCUCGGACAACGGCUCGCUCUCGCUUUGGAAUAUACACAAGAAGAAGCCAGUAUUUACAUACCCACUCGCUCACGGCAUCGACCCUCCUUUACCUCUGACAAAGCUAAGUGCGGAAGAAGAGCCGCCUGAAGAUGCGAGGAACAAGCCCACGCCAAGAUGGAUCACAGCAUUGCGAGCGAUACCCUUCUCGGACAUUUUCGUGACGGGAAGCUGGGACGGAUAUAUCAGAGUGUGGAAGAUCACAUCCGACAAGCGAAGAAUCGAGUCUUUAGGUCGAUUGGGUCGCAUCGACAGCUCCGUGGACAAUCUGCUUGACGAAUUUGGAGUCAGUGCGGGAUCGCUCACGAACAGUGCUCUACAAGACAUCACAGAUGCAACGCAGAAGCACGGCUUGGUCGAAGGCGUCAUCAACGAUCUGGCUAUAGAGGAUCGUGGCGAAAGAGCAAAGGACGGCAUCAUCGUCAUCGCAGCCGUUGGCAAAGAGCACAGGCUUGGCAGAUGGAGGGAAUUUGAAGAUGGAAAGAACUAUUCCGUCAUCUUUGAAGUCCCACGGAAAGUGCUUGAGAAGGAACAGGAGGACUCAUCUUCGGACGCAGCUUUCCAUAGCGCGAAGGAAGAUGUUGAUAGCUAAAACAGUUGGCCGCGCAUCUACACAACCGGCAGUAUCAAGUGGUGUAUGUCG